GUGACACGUUCACUAAAAAAAAAUCCUUUUGUAGCGAAUAAUUUAUUAAAAAAAAUAAAUAAGCUUAACACAAAAGCGGAAAAAGAAAUGAUAAUAACCUGGUCCCGCGCAUCUACCAUUAUACCCAUAAUGGUCGGCCACACUAUUGCUAUCCAUACAGGAAAGGAGCAUUUACCUAUUUAUAUAACAGAUCGUAUGGUAGGACAUAAAUUAGGAGAAUUCGCACCUACUUUAAAUUUCCGAGGACAUGCAAAAAGCGAUAAUAGAUCGCGUCGUUAA